AUGGCUAUUUUCUUAGAUAAGGAGCAUAUGGUGCAAGCAGUUAGGGAUUUUUCUGUGCAAGUAGGGGCUGAUUUGGUCAGGCUGAAAGUUGAUGCAAAGAGAUACACUGUGGUAUGUGCAAACCAAGAUUGUGGCUGGAGAUUGCAUGCCUCAGUCUUGCCUGAUAAAGUGACAUGGGCAAUUAAAUCUCUAAGUGAGCCACAUUCUUGUCACAGACUUGAACAUAACCCUAUGGCUGGUAUUAAGUGGCUUGCAGGGAAGAUUUUGGAUCAGGUGAGGGCUAACUUUGAAGUACCCUGUCAGUCCCUUGUUGAUUUGGUGUUGGAUAAAUAUGGGGUAACUGUACCCAAGUCCACUAUGUAUAAGGCUAGGGCUGAGGCUGUGAAAGAGAUCCAAGGAGCACAUGAUGAGUCUUAUGGGCAUCUGCACAUUAUUUGGAUUAAUGAAGGCCCUGCUAAUCCACUAACAUUUAAGAGGAUUUAUGUUAGUUUUGAUGCUAUGUUCAAGGGGUUUAUGAAAGGAUGCAGACCACUAAUUGGCAUUGAUGGUUGCCAUUUGAAAGGGCUUCAAUGGAUGCUUGCUAUCUGCAAUAGCCCUAGAUGGAAACCAACAAAUUUUCCAUUAGCAUAUGCAGUGGUUAGUGAGGAGAGUUCAGACAACUGGGACUACUUCUUCAGGUCUUUGAGGCUAACAUUGGCAACAGCAGAGAGAAUGAUGGACUUUUAUGAGUGA